AUGGUUGUCCAGCGCUUGAACCUGAAUUUCAGCACCAGUGACAGCUCCGUCCUAAACCUCAGUGAGAAUGUCAGUUUGCGGGACCCCUUGGUGCCCCAGGACACUUCCAGUCUGAGCAGGACUGGCCACACAGUGGUGGCUGUAUUCCUCGGAUUUAUCCUGAUUCUUGGAUUCUUAAGCAACUUCGUUGUUCUCAUAGUCUUCGCGAGGUUUCGGGCACUCAGGACUCCCAUAAAUCUCAUUCUCUUGAACAUCAGUGUGAGCGACAUGCUUGUCUGCAUAUUUGGAACUCCCUUCAGCUUCGCCGCGAGCCUCUACGGGAGCUGGCUUAUAGGACACCACGGCUGUAAGUGGUAUGGCUUCGCCAAUGCACUUUUCGGCAUUGUAUCCCUGGUCUCCCUGGCCAUCCUCUCAUACGAGCGCUACACGACGGUGCUUUGCCCCACCAAGGCAGAUGUGUCUGACUUCCGGAAGGCCUGGCUGUCCAUCGGGGGGUCCUGGCUCUACUCCCUGGUCUGGACUGUGCCGCCCCUCCUCGGCUGGAGCGGCUAUGGGCCCGAGGGGCCCGGGACCACCUGCUCGGUGCAGUGGCAGCAUCCCUCAGCCAACAGCAUCUCCUAUGUGGUCUGCCUGUUUGUCUUCUGCCUGCUCCUUCCCCUGCUGCUCAUGAUCUUCUGUUACGGCAAGAUCCUCCUGGUAAUCCGAGGGGUGGCCAAGAUCAAUCAGACAUCCGCACAGAGGCGAGAGAACCACAUCCUGUUGAUGGUGGUGUUCAUGGUGUCCUGCUACCUGCUGUGCUGGAUGCCAUACGGGGUUGUGUCAAUGAUAGCCAGCUUCGGCAAGAAGGGCCUGAUCUCCCCCACUGCCAGCAUCGUGCCCUCUGUCCUGGCCAAGAGCAGCACUGUGGUCAACCCUAUCAUCUACAUGCUCUUUAAUAACCAGUUUUACAGGUGCUUUGUGGCCCUGGUGAAAUGUGGGGCGGACCCUGACCUGAGCCACACUCUAAACACCCAGCCCAGCAGCAGAGGGGAGGAGCACCUGGCCAAGAGCAUCCCCCUCUCCUUGCUGCGGGCUGACAUGACUCCCAGCCACCCCGGGACACCUUAUGGCACUCAGAUCGGCGCCAUGCAGCGGGAGAAUUGCUCCCUGGUCCUGGUGGCGCACUACAGCCCCAGUCGGGUUGGGCAAUUGGUCCAGUGACAGAGGGACCCCAAGGCGGUUGGUGCGAGUAAUUUCCACUGCAGAAGGAUCUAUGUAGACUGAAACUCAGAGCAUACAUGUGCAGAAAAUGCCAAGGCUUUCCCGCGUGUCAUUUCUGAAAGAGUGGCGGUGGUUGUUACAUUCAUAUGCCAGUGAAAAGUGCUGGAAAACAGGGAAACAGCAAACAGGGAAAUACAAGCGGGAGUAGAGCCUAAUUAAUGACUGAUUUCACUUCUCAAGGGGAGCAUGGCUUUGAGCGAAGGAUAAUUGGUUUGGUGGCCUGGUUAUGCUUACAUAAUGGUGACAACGUUUCCAUGAGACCCCUGUGGAAGCCUCAGCAAGGGGUGGAAGAACACAUGCAACCAGGAGGCUGUGCAUGAUAUAAAUAUUCCUCUUUAAUUGAAGGGUACAUUUUUUUUUUCUUUAUUUGACUAUCUUUAAUUAUCCAUUACAUGCAACUGCUUUAAUUAUUAGCAUAAUGUUGCGUUCAUACACAGCUGUGUGCCAUUUGUACUGCCAUGCAUGAAGGAGAUUGACAGGUCAAUCAACAGGGGUGCUUUUGCUGCAGUUCUGAUUGUGACCAACAGGCGGAGCCUCUGGUCCUAUCAUGUGCAGGAGGGAGCCAAUCCUUGCUAUUAUUUAUACAUUUCUUGCACUUUUUUGUAACUGUCAGGAUUGUAGGGCUGUAAAGCACUGCUUACAGCCAAGAACAUACCACCUGUGGCUUUGCAGAAUGUUAGUAUUUUACUGUGAAUUGUGACCAUAUUGAUUGUAAUUUGUUGGUUAUACUGUAUGUGGGUAGUUGUUUACAUUGGUAGCAAUUCUUCAAACACUUAUUAUGCUAUGGCUUUUGACCAGCAUCAAUGACUCAUAUAUUUCAUGCUUGUGGUGUGACUAUAAUAUAAAUAAAUGUGACUAAUUGUGCUA